UUUGAGUGCGCAUGAGAGUACGUUCCGCAAUCAUGAAGCUGUUCGCUAUCCUCGUUAUCUUCGUCGUAUUGGCUUGUACCUCAGUCAGCACACUACCGGCUGUCUAUGACGGACCUACUUAUGAACUGACUACCAUCGAGGAUCCAGUGAACGAUGAGAUGCCGUCGGAUCUGUCGCCCAUCCGAAACCGGCGCGUGACCUGCGACCUUCUGUCCUGGCAGUCCAAGUGGUUAAGUAUCAAUCACAGUGCCUGCGCAGCCAGAUGCCUGUCGCAACGACGCAAAGGUGGCCGCUGCCGCGACGGUAUCUGCGUCUGCAGAAAUUAGGCGUCGUACUCGCCCUUGAAUCGUUCCACUCUUGGCCAACGCAACGUCCCAUGGAUCUCGCUGUCACUCAUUAUCCCACUACCUAUUGACUACGUUGGUGAACGCCAUUGCAUUGUAUCCAAAUUAAUACUCAUGGGAGAUCACGAAGGGACGCGAUUUAAUCAUCCGAUCGAUAGUUGCGACCUCGAUUGUCCAUCCUGCCGAGCGAAUUUUCACCGAAAUGGAUAAUAUCAUUAUUAACGAUAAUUAUUUUAAUCACUUCCGCGCGUCAUUACAUGCGUGUUAAUAAGAAUAACAAUUCUUGUUCGCGUCAGCGUCGCGACGGGAGUUUCCCCGGGAAAUUGACAAGAAAUGAUAUUGAUGUUAUUAAUAGAAAUUAAUUAAACUGUUUAUUGUAAUGGCAUUGUGAUAGGACAUUUACAUAACAUUUGUCAGACGAUGUCAAUCGAUUCAUUAUGGCGCGCGCAUAAAAUUUCGGCCAAAUCAAGCGUGGUCAUUGCGAAAAUUAUUUUAAUGUAUACAUUUCGAUUAAUAUUAAAUAAUUAUAAUAUUUAUGCCAUAUAUUUUUUUAAAAACAGAUUAAAUGUCGGUAUAUAAUUGCAUCGAUAUUUACAAAUACUGGCUACUACGAAAACGUAGUCAUGCGAAAUUUUGAUAAAUGUUGAUAUAUGUUGAUUAAUAGUAUAUAAUACUAAAUAGUUACAAUAUUUAUAAUAUAUGUUUAAAAAAAAUUUAGACCAAUUAAAUAUCGGUAUAAUUGCAUCGAGAUGCCUACAGAUUUUUUCCCAACUGUGUGAUUAUUUACUAAAUAUAAUGCAAGUGUGUUUAUAUGUAUGUUAGAUUAAAACCUGUUCUAUGAACCUAUCUCUGUACGGAACAACAAAUUGCAUAAUUAAUCGAUCUAUUAAUUUUAUAAUAAAUGUCCUUUUAUUAGAUUAGAAUAAUUCAAUAAGCUGCGCAAUCUCGAUAGCUUUUUUAUAAAAUUAGAUCUUUGUAAAAACUUUAUAUUUUAUGCAAAACAAAUGAUAUUUCGCAAAUAAUUGUUACGUAUAUUAAAAAUAAUAAUUAUAUAUUAA